CUGGGUGCUAUCCUGAACGCUCUGUAUCCACGAGCUCAUCUGCCAUGACCGAACAAAGCGCGGCGCCGGAAACCCAAGAUGCGGCUGCACGUCCUGCAAAUGACGCACCGAACGUGGCUGUGGCCGCGCCGACAGAAACCCGCGGGAAGGUCACGCGAGUCGAGGUCAUCCGUCCACCUGCAGCUGGGGACGGCUCCAGCGGCGAGGAGGAUGAGGGUGAAGGCGAAGAAGAGGCGAUCGAGGAUUGGCAGAUCCUCGAGGACCUGCCGGACGAGACAACGGACAUAGAGCUCAUCCACUCGCGGCUCAAUUCCAACAGCGUCAGCAAGCUGGGACUGCAGCGGUUCGGGCCGCACCUGAAGCGGCUUUGUCUCCGCCAGAACUUCAUCUCGCACCUCGACCCGGAAAUAUUCGGUGCGCUCACCAAGCUCGAGGACCUGGACUUUUACGACAACAAGAUCAAGCACGUCGGGACUGCGCUGAACAACAUGACGAACCUCACGACGCUCGAUCUGUCUUUCAAUCUGAUUAAGCAUAUCCCGGAGGAGAUCGAGAAACAUCUCACUUCGCUCACGACGAUCUUCUUCGUCCAGAACCGUAUCUCGCAUAUCGCGAACCUCAGUGGGCUUGCGGCGAACCUGAGAAGCAUCGAGCUUGGAGGAAAUCGGCUCCGAAAAUUGGAGGGACUGGAGGCGCUCGUCAAUCUAGAGGAGCUGUGGGUGGGUAAGAACAAGAUAACGAAGUUAGAGAACUUGGAUACCCUCAAAAAGCUUCGCAUUCUAUCAAUCCAGUCCAACCGUAUAACGAAGAUAGAGGGUCUCGAGAACCUCGAGAAUCUCGAGGAGUUCUACAUCAGCCACAACGGUGUACAGCGGCUCGAAGGUCUCGAGAAAAAUAUCAAACUGCGGACACUUGACGUUGGCAACAACUUCAUCGAGCGGGUGGAGAAUGUCUCCCACCUCACUAGCCUUGAGGAGCUAUGGAUCAACGACAACAAGAUCACUACCCUGCUCGAUCUCGAACCGCAGCUAAAACACAUCGAGACGCUGGAGACGAUCUAUCUGGAAAGGAACCCUGUCCAAGCUACAGAGGGUGCUGCCUACCGUAGGAAAAUCAUCCUCCUGCUCCCUCAGAUACAACAACUCGACGCAACAUAUGUCAAGCAAUUCCCGGCAUAACCGCGCGGCGUAUACCGUCACCCGCAGCGCAUUCGGGCGUAACGCGGGCCUUAGCCUGCCAGUCUGUGUUGUCCACGGCCUGCCGUUCCUUCUACUACACACCGCCACAGUGUCACUGUAUAUCAGAUCUUUCAGGGACUCGAUCGCGUCUGCGCACACCGAUCGCGGUCGAGGGAAUCUUUUAAUGAUGCACCGCGCGAUCGCCGCACGAUUGACGAUUUGCGCUGCUGAUCGCUCACGUCGCGCGGGGCCGCACCUUCUUUGUUCUGGUGUGCGGGACCGGGAGCGCAUCGGGUGGUGGGCGGCGUGAGCUGGAAUGCGCGAUAUGCUGGAUGUAGGUAGUGCAGUCGAAGCCCGGAUCUAUCCU